AUGAUGGAGCUCCUGCGGCUGGGGAUGGCGUUCGCGGGGGAGGCCACCGACCGCGUGCCCGCCGUGGAGAGCCCGAAUUGCGCCGACGCGCUGGAGCUGCGGGGCCGGUGGGACGCCGAGGUGCUGGCGCCGCGGCUGCUGCAGCGGCCGGGGCUCCCGCCGGAAGGGCAGAAAGCGGCAUGCGGCAUGGGCUUCCGGAGCUGGACUGGGCUGGCCUCAGGACGCGCUGCAUUGCCAGCUGUGCGCGGCGGAGGGCACGUCCUUCGCCCGCGCCGCGUGCAUGCGCGUCGCCAACAUGACGCCCGCAUCUCAGGAAAAGACCGGUGCUGCUCGUUCAGCCUGUCGCCGGCGCUCGCUCGCGGGCGCCUGGUGGACCUGGCGAACGACGCGGCCCAGUCGAAGUUCAAGCUGGGCGUGGACAAGAACGGGGCGGCGGGGAGGGGUUGA